UCACUAAACCACCAAGCAAAAGUGUAAACCAAACAUUCCACAAACAAAAAAACCAAAAGAAAACAAAAACUCUAUGGCUACCUCAGUUGUUGUGAAGUUAGGCUGUGCACUUGUUAUGUGCAUCAUGGUUGCUGCACCACUUGGCGAGGCGGGCGUAAGCUGUGGAAUGGUUUCGAGCGGACUUGCCCCGUGCAUAUCCUACCUUAAGGGAGGCGACGGACCAACGCAGGGUUGCUGCGAUGGGAUUAAAGCCCUUAACCAAGAAGCUGCCACCCCUGCUGAUAAACAAACUGCAUGCACGUGCUUGAAAUCUGCUGCGAAUUCCAUUUCAGGAAUUGACUACGGAAAGGCCGCUGCUCUCCCUGGAAAAUGCAGUGUCAACAUUCCUUAUGCCAUCUCCCCCACCACCGAUUGCGACGCCAUCCAUUAACGGCCAUAACAGGAUAAGUCAGAAAUGAAAGAUGGAGCUGAUCAAGCUAGUUACCUAGUAUACUAGCUCAUCUAGUAGAGUGUCCAAUAAAAUAAAGUGUUACGAGAUUCGAUCUUAGAUGAGUCACUUAAUUGUUUUCCUAGCGUUAAUUGUUGCGUAACAUUGCACCUUUUGUACCUCAACUUUCUUAUAUGCAAUUUCUACUACGUUUAUCUUC